AUGACGCUCAAAGUGGAAUUAAUGCCGGAAGGUAGCGGUGAGAAGUGGGAUGAACACAGUCUUGGUCAAGUUGAGGGGAUUAUGGUUUACCAUGAUUCUUCUUUUGUAAACUCUUUAGGUUUUUUCUGCGUUAAGGACAACAUUAAUCUAAUUUCUGAACAACAUGGCUAUUCUGUUGGAAAAUGUGAAAUGAUAAUGCUGGAUUAUCCAACCGAGUUACUUACCGGAUUGUAUGGGUUUUACGACAAUCCUAGUUGUACUCAUAUAAGGUGUAUUACAUUUGUGACUAACAAGGCCACAUAUGGACCCUUUGGUGGGCAAAGUCCUAGAUCCCCUGAGAAAGCAUUUAGUUUUCAGUUACGGGGGAAAGAGAGAAAUUGGAUUACAGGAUUUUAUGGUACUAUUGUUCACAAUGGCAAACUUGGAAGGCUUGGAGUUUACAUACAAAAAUCAAUUAUUGCUAGGCCUCUUGGGAAAUUGGAUGGAGAUGAAGUGUAA